AUGGCAUUCCCGAGUCGCAACUGGCGAUCCCGCUUACAUUCCCUCCCGUCGUUUGAUCCCUACCAUCACUGCUCACUCGUCCCUCCUUACCUGCCGCCCUUGCUUCCUCUCUUGUCGUUCAUGUUCCACCGACCUUCCUCCCCCCGCACCACCUGCCUUCCCCCACGCACAGCACCGACCUUCCUCCCCCCGCACCACCUGCCUUCCCCCACGCACAGCACCGACCUUCCUCCCCCCGCACCACCUACCUUCCCCCACACACAGCACCGACCUUCCUCCCCCCGCACCAUCUGCCUUCCCCCAACACCACACGCCCUCGUGUUCAUCCUCAUACCCACCCUCUUCCCCCCCUCAUACCCUUCCGCGCCUCAUCCUCUUGCGCGCCUCAUCCUCUUCCGCGCCUCAUCCUCUUCCGUGCCUCAUCCUCUUCCGCGCCUCAUCCUCUUCCGCGCCUCAUCCUCUUCCGCGCCUCAUCCUCUUCCGCGCCUCAUCCCCUUCCGCGCCUCAUCCCCUUCCGCGCCUUAUUCCGCUCUGUACAUGAGCAGCGCACGCCUGCGUGAUGAGGAGGGGCAGUGCGCCAAUGCGCCUGCUGCAGAUCACGUCACAAGCGGAGCCUCUCUCCCGUCGCGCGCCAAGCCGCCGAUUUUCUUUCCCUUAUUUCCUCCUUCCACCCCCAGUAUCUGCCCCCUCGCCGGCCUCGCGUUGCGUCUGCCGUAA